GCCAUUAGUUGAAGUUUCUGAGAAUAUGUAUCAGUACGGGAAAGUUGUAAAUAGUAAUUUAGUAAAAUUUGGACAAAACGUGUUGAGAAAAAUCUAAGAUAAAUAAAAAGUGAUUUCAUUUGUAUAAAGUGAUAGUUAAAAGUGAUGAUAAAACAUAAACUAAGUGCCUUAUAAAACAAAAAGCUAUCAUCGCAUUCUAUACCUCAACGCCAUUUUGAGGCGAAAUUUUGUAUUGUAAGUGCCAAGUAUUUUGCAAUAUUUUAGAUUUUCCCGCAGUUAUAGGGGCGUGUUGUUAACAAUUAUCGACUUAAGUGGACGUGAAACUAUAUCGUUUGUUUAAUGAUCAAUAAAGGAGUACGUAAUAUGUGACAGUGAAGGCGAGUGGAUGCAGAGAUAGCGAGUGGCGCGGAGGAUGGCCCGGAACGGCGGGAGCGUUCUAAUUAACUGACGGACGCCGCCGGCUUACAGCUGGCGCAAGCGAUAAGAAUGCCGCGGCCUGGCAGUCUUAAGGACCCAGACAUUGCGGAACUAUUCAGUAAACAUGACCCGGAGAAGAUAUUUGAAGACUUGCGUGAAAUUGGUCAUGGCUCAUUUGGCGCAGUCUACUAUGCUCGGUGCAAUCUCACAAAAGAGAUUGUUGCCAUCAAGAAAAUGUCUUACCUGGGGAAACAGAGUGAGGAGAAAUGGCAAGAUAUAUUGAAAGAAAUAAAAUUUCUGAAGCAACUGGAACAUCCCAAUACAAUAGAAUACAAGGGCUGUUACAAGAGAGAACACACAGCAUGGCUUGUGAUGGAGUAUUGUGUUGGUUCAGCAUCUGAUAUCAUUGAGGUCUCUCUGCAGGUCCACAAACGUCCGCUGCGAGAAGAGGAGAUAGCUGCUAUAUGUGAGGGCGUGGUCUGCGGCCUUUCUUACUUGCACAGCUUGGGCAGGAUUCAUCGGGACAUCAAGGCGGGUAAUAUUUUGCUGACGGAGAAUGGAACAGUCAAGUUGGCAGACUUUGGCAGCGCCAGUAUCAAAUGCCCGGCAAACAGCUUCGUGGGGACACCAUACUGGAUGGCUCCGGAGGUCAUCUUGGCUAUGGACGAAGGACAGUAUGAUGGAAAGGUGGAUGUGUGGUCUCUGGGUAUCACCUGCAUAGAGUUGGCGGAACGCAAGCCGCCGUACUUCAAUAUGAACGCCAUGUCCGCACUCUAUCACAUCGCACAGAAUGAUUCGCCAACAUUACAAGCGCCGGAAUGGACGGAUACGUUUCGUUACUUUGUGGAGGCGUGUCUGCAGAAGAACCCGCAGGAGCGGCCUUCUUCUACCAAGUUGCUGACUCACCCGUACAUAACGCGGCCGCGCUCACCCAACGUGCUGGUGGACCUCAUCCAGCGCACAAAGGCUGCUGUACGCGACUUGGACAACCUCAGCUACAGGAAGAUGAAGAAGAUACUCAUGGUCGAUGCUGAUAAUGAGAGUGCCUUUGGUGACAGUGAAGAGACAGCGGAGGAACGUUCAGGGGGAGACAGCUCCAAGUCUAACUCCGCGACGUCUGAGCACAGCGUGGCUGGAGCAUCAAGCCAGAGCUCAUCAUCCGGCAGCCUGCGCCGAAGACCUCACCCUGGGAACAUUCUCAACGCCAAUCACCACGGGCAACAUCAACAACAGCCUCAGUACCAGCAGUUCAACCACCAGCACUCUACACACUCUGCUAGAGUCAAGUGGCUUUACUCAUGUUGGUGUUGUGUGCGCAGAGAGAGCGAGAGCCCCCUGCCGGCGCAGCACGACGACUACGUCAACAGGGACGCGUUACGGGACUACGCGAAUAGGGACUCCCUGUGUGAUGACUAUAGUGAGGAUUACGCGAAUCGCGAAGCUAUCCGGGAGGCGCAACGGGAGAGGGAGAGGGAGCGCCAAGCUAAUGAGUACAGGGAGUACGUGAAUGCCCCCUCCACUUGGCAACAGGAUAGUGGAGAUGAUAAUAGGAAUACUCAACGACGUGCUACCAAUAGAGGUGUAAGCAACAACGUGUCUGUAGCUAUCUCCCUAGUGUCUGAGCACGGCGCAAAUAACUUCGCCACGAUACGGACAACCAGCAUUGUCACCAAGCAACAGAAGGAACAUAACCAUGAGACACACGAGCAGAUGUCCGGGUACAAGCGCAUGCGGCGCGAGCACCAGGCGGCGCUGGUGAAGCUGGAAGAGCGCUGCAAGGCGGACGUGGAGGCGCACAAGGCGCAGCUCGACCGCGAGUACGACGCCCUGCUGCAGCAGCUCUCUAGAGACCUUGAGCGACUACAGACGAAGCAUGCGCAAGAGUUGGAACGCAAGCAGAAAUCGAACACGGCCAAUGAGAAGAAAUUGAUCAAAGAUAUAACGUCACGUCAGGAGCAGGAGCGCAAGUCGUUCGAUGCGCAGCGCAAGCGCGAGUACAAGGCUAACAAGGAGCGAUGGAAAAAGGAGCUCAGUAUGGACGAUGCUACGCCAAAGCGGCAGAGGGACGCGACAUUACAGUCACAGAAAGAUAACCUGAAGCAGGCCGAGGAGGCGGAACAGGCGCGGCUGGUGAGGUCGCAGCGAGAGUACCUCGAGCUGGAGCUGCGCCGCUUCCGCCGCCGCCGUAUGCUCGCCACACAUCACAAGGAACAGGAGCUGCUUAGAGAGGAGUUGAACAAGCGUCAGCAGCAAUUGGAGCAGGCGCACGCGAUGUUACUACGCCACCAUGAGAAGACCCAGGAGCUGGAGUACAGGCAGCAGAAAGGCGUGCACGCUCUCAGGGAGGAGCAACUGGCCAACCAGCACGCGACUGAGCUGGCCAACCAGCGCGACUACAUGCAGCGGCAGGAGCACGACCUGCGCAAGAAGCACGCGCUGCAGCUCAAACAGCAGCCCAAGAGCCUCAAGCAAAAGGAGAUGCAGAUCCGUAAGCAGUUCCGUGAGACGUGCAAGAUACAGACUCGUCAGUAUAAGGCAUUGAAGGCCCAGAUAUUGCAAAUGACACCUAAGGAACAACAGAAGGAGGUGAUCAAGGCGCUGAAGGACGAGAAGCGCCGCAAGCUGGUGAAGCUGGGCGAGCAGUACGACCUCAGCAUCACAGACAUGCUGCAGAAGCAGACCAUUAAACUCGAUGAGAGUCAGAUGAUGGAGUGCCAGCAGAAGAAGAUGCAGCUGGAACACGAGCUGGACAUGCUGACGGCCUACCAGAGCAAGAGCAAGAUGCAGGCGGAGGCGCAGCGCAACCGCGAGCGUCGCGAGCUGGAGGAGAGGGUCGCCGUGCGCCGCGCCCUGCUAGAACAGAAGAUGGAGUCCGAGUGCGCUCAGUUCAUGGCGGAGCGCGCGGAGCGCACGCGGCUGAUGCACGAGCGUCACGAGCAGGAGCUCGCGCACUUCGACAACGAGAGCGCGCGCCUCGGAUUCAGUGCGAUGGCGAUCGCGGAGGGCAGCCGGGAGGGGUACGGCGAGGAGGAGCAGUCGCUGUCGGGCUCCAUGCUGUCGCUCGCGCACAGCAACUCCUCCGCCAGCUUCCCCGCGGGCUCGCUCUAACCCCGCACCGACACCCCGCACCCCGCCCUCGCAUUCGCCCUCGCCACGACACGCACGUCAUGACGUCACGUGACGUCACGUACACUGCGACAGUCAUUUGUUACAACUUUUGUUAUACUCAAAGUCGGGUAAUGAUUGCAUAUAGCGACUGGCUUAAGUGAUGAAAAGUCCAGUUGAGUGAGCGUGAGCACACCUUUGACUAAACUAUCGCACUACUGUUGUGCGAUUGUCGAGUUUCGCAGCCUCAACUGUUUAGUUGCUCAACUGAAAAUCGCGUAGUGUACGCACCUACAUACAAGCUCAUAGGAAUCAGAGACUAAACAGUUGUGCGAUAGUUUAGUCAAAGGUGUACGCGCUCUAAGUCGCUUAUGCCUAGUUCUUACUAGGCUAGUUUUUAGUCGAGUAGCAAGUAAUUUAGGAACUCAACAUUAGCUAUUUAGACGAAGGUAUUUUAGUUAUUAAUUUGCUUGGUGCUCGACUAACGCAGGUUUCGUAAAUUUACAUCGCUUCGUGUACGAAGGGCCUUAAUGUGAUAUUCUUUCACUAAAUUUAAUAAAACGACUGAGUAUGGUUUUGUGAUCGAAUUAGACUUUGAUGCAAGUGACGUUAAAUGUCACGUAAAUUUUUAUACUUUUGCAUAAUUUUGCGUCAAGUCUAAUAUGAACUUAAUUGUUAUUUCCAAUGGCUUGUGUGUCGUGGUUAGGAGGCUUAUGGCAAUAAUUAGACUGCGGCCCUCCCAAAUCGCUUUAUCACAAUAUUACUUAGGCUUUUUUUUUCGUUGUCUUCCAAAAUGUAUGCAAAAAUGUCAGUAUUCAAAGGGAGGGGUUUCCUAUACUAAAGUUAUGCACUCCAAUUAUCUUAAUGAUGAAUAAGUGUGUUUGUAGUUGAGUUUACAAACAUUAUAGCUUUAUAAUGCUUGGAUAAGUUUAUUUUGCACACAGAAUGUUUGUAUGACACGUGGUGUUGUAAUGUUUUUAUUAGGAUUUUUAAGCGCGCGAUCCGCAACGUCGAUAUUCGUAACGGAAUUACUAAAAUACAUAUUGAGAUAGUCUCUUAUUAUUAUUUUCUGUACAAAAGUUUAAAUAAACCAGUAAUAGUAAAAUUUUGAUCUUCAACACUAAAGGUGGGCAGAUAAUUUUGAUCCGGUCUAGAGCGAGACGAAAUGAUUAUUAUACGAAUUUUUUAUACAUGUGAUAAUAAGUUAUUGCCUGUUUAAUUAAAUCAAUUUUGCAAAGGUUAAUAUUUAAAAUAUUAUAUACUUGAAAAAUGAAAGAAUACCAAAUAAUUUGUUACUAAACCUUUAUGAUUUUCGACGUUGCGUGUUGCAGUAGGCGCUGUUUAAACCUAAAGCAUGUAGUACUCUUGAUCUAUUCUUGUAUUAUAAUGUAGUUUACAGUAAGUCUAUUAUAACCUCGCGACUGUCCACAUUGUACAGUCAGCUAUACAAAAUAUCUAUACAUUUACAAAACCUCAGAAAUUUGUUUUGGCUUUUUAUUUCAACAAUAUGAUUGUACCAAUCCGAAUAAGCUUCCGAUCAUGAAACAUGCUAUUGACGAAUACAUGUAAUAUAUUUGAAAUUGUAAUCCAAUAUAGGUUUUUAAAGUAUUGUACAUGUAUAUCAAUAUUUGUGCAGCUGACUGUACACUGCACGCUACGCAGGGCAUUACUAAAGCUAGUUGCACACGGGGAACUGUGACUCAGCAGUACAGUACAAUAAUGUCAAAAUACUACUGAGGCCUAGCAAAUCUGCGAGAAAGUAUUCGUGUGAUCGACAAUUUUUUUUUACACUGGCAGUACCGUAUUGUGUACUGCACUGCUUCAGUUCCGCCCUCGUGUGAAACUAGCGACUCCCGCGCGCGUCUCGCCGCACUCACCUACGCUAUCGUUUAACAUAAUUUAGAUAGUCAAAAUUCUAAUAUUCAUAUCAUUAGUUUAUUUUAGGAACAAUUUUAUUAUAAGUUUGUGUAACCGGCGCCGGCGGACUGACGCUGUUUGUUUAUUGGCCUAGUUGCGUUCGUCUGUUGAAUGUUGGUAUAAUUUGUAAGGACGCGACGCUCGCGACUCGACUCGAGCGUCGGCGGCCAUCUUUUUUAUAUAAACGACUAACACGCUUUAUUAAAUCUUACAAGAAUCAGGUGCUGUAAUAUUUUAUAACUCGACUGCCUAUUAUGUUUUGUAAAUAUAAUAAAUUAUAUAUGUUAGGUAUGAGCGAGGCGCGCGCUGCCGCCUGUACAUACGCUGAUGUAAUUAACAUUGUUUGUUUGUUUGUUUGUUUGGUGAGCUGCGAGCGCGUGUGUUUGCUACUCUCUUUAUUUAGUCUUGUAAUACACUAUCGUAUGGUCUACUAAGCUUACCAGUCAUAUAUGUAUAGACGAUUGCAUAUUAUUUAAUUUAACGCCGAUUUUAGUCAUAAAUAUCCAAAUUUAGUUAAUGCUAUUAUUAAAAAAAGAAUAAUUAAUAUUUUUUUUAUUAACCGUACUCUUCCUAUAUCACACUAUAAGCAUCACAUGAUGUGAUAGUUUUUUUUUUGUAUUAUUUGAGUCUGUUAGUGGUUUAAUGUGUAAGUAUUUUAAAAUUUUGUCACCUAAGCUAAUUUAGAUGUAAAAUUAUAUAAAAAUGUUGACAAAAAAUUUAACGAGGUUUUUUUAUUAGAGGUGGAGUGAUGUUCGCUUCAGGCGUCGGUCCGACUGUACCAUUAUUGGUGUAACCGAGAUUCCACUGCAGAUACAUUUAUAUAAACGUAGCCAACUCUCUUUAUCACGUUACAAAAACCGAGACAACAAUAUGUACGUGUGUGCGGCAGUGGAAUUUUAUGGUAAUAAGUCCUCAUUCACAUGGACGUUUUGUUAACGCUCUUUUUUACAUAAACGCUUUAGAAUAUAUUUCGCGAUAAGCGGCGCAUUUUAAAAUCGCUGACAUAUUGAGAUACCUAAAAAGCAUUUGUUCUACAACGCUGUAUAAAUCUCGUUUGAAAAACCGUUCGGGUGAAUGAGGGCCAAAGAGAAAUGACGCGAAAAUGUUUUUUUUUUCUAUGUUGUUUAUUAGAUCGAAUCAGCCUGUCCUGCCUUCGACUGACCAAAAUUUGACAAUAAACUUUACGGUUUGACUUUGGCCGUAUGUUAACAGAUGGUAGAUGGCGGGCCUGACGAUCUAUGACAGCAAAAUAUACAUAAGAGUUAUUUGACAACAGUUACUUGAACAAAUUGGUUAGAUGUAAACCUGCAGUUAAAGUUUAUAUAGAUAGUUAUUCACGCUAGAACCAAGCUAUCGACCUUGAACUUUUAGUCUGACCAGAAAUAUAAACACCCUCGCCAUAUUGCGGAAAAUAAUGGAACUAAUUUUGUGUACAGGUUAGGAUUUUUAUAUUGUUGGUUAGUCUAUUGAGGCUUUUUUGUAAUCUUUCACAUCUUUCUAGAGAUGUUUUCAGUCUCGUGUAAGUGAAGAAAUUUAACGGCAUUUUUGCAGAGAAAAUCCACCGAGUGCUUUGUUUGGUGUUCCAGCACUAUGGAAUUGAAGUGUGCGCUGUACUAUAGCUUGCGGAGGUCGGUACUGAACGCUGCUCCAAUACACCUACAAUUUACGGAGCAUAUAUGAAAAUAAAUUGUCAGUUCUAUAGAGGUCCAUUUGUUUUUUUGACAGUGAUUCCAGCGUAGCCCCUUUCUUACCAUGUCUAGGGGGAAGGUAACAAAAAUACAAGAUACUGUAUUUAGGCCUAUGUCGCCCCUUUUUGUCCAGCGCCCUGGGCGGAUGCCUAACCGCGCCCCACUCUAAAGCCGGUAGUAGUCUUCUGUUUUUACAUAUGGUAAAAGUUCUCACAAUAGUCCUAGAUUUUCAAAAAUAAUGGUUUGGUUACUAUAUGCUCCGUAAUUUGCUAAUAAUGGCUUUGUUUAGUCUAAAUUUGUAAUGUAUGAAUGCUGUAUUGUAACUGUCUUUCUACUGCGGAAACACUAACAUAUUGUCAUUGUCUUGGUAAACCACUGAUCUCUAUAAAUGGACUGGCUAUAAGCCGUUGUAUUUUGUGCUUAUUUGAUUUUCGCCCUUUUGGCGCUAGCGUUAGUUGUUGGUAGCGAUGGUGAGGAAGUGUCGCCAACUAACAAUAGUGAUAGAAUAAAGUAUUUCGACAGCUGCCAUUUCUAAGCAAACCUAUCCAUUUAUAGACAUUAGUAGAGUAAACUAAGAUAAAUAUGUCUGAAGUGUUUAUGUUGUAGAAACUACGAGUAAACAGAUUUAGUGGCGAAUGAACCGAGUGUAAGGUAGAAAAUAAUGAUAGAA